UCAGGUUUCAGAAGAUGGAAGCUUGCUCAUUAACUGCAGUCUGCCUAAGAGGCUGCCAGUGUUACAAUGUUCAGAAUAUAUCUGGGGUUUGGUGUUAUUUCUUUAUUCCUUGACUUCUGUUAGGCAAGAGGAGGAACUGAUGGAUCUCAAGUCUCCAAGAGAUGGAUUUCCAAAAUAACUUCUGGUACAAAACAUUUGUAGACUCCUCACAGUGGAAUAGAAAUUCUCUUUGCGAGAGGUGCUUGUCACUUGCCAUUUUAACAAGAGCAGAGGUUUGCUGUGUCCAGGUUGUUGGAAGAUGUGAAAUCAGGAGUUUGGAGAGAUGCCUGGUGAUUGUGUCUGUGCUGUAUGAGUGAAACUGAGUGGAUUACAUUGCCCAAUUCUCAUGCCCAAAUCUUGGCAUCAAAUCUGCCUGUGAUUCUCUGGUCCAAUGAACUUAAAAUUGUUUUAGACUAUUGAGAAAUUGAAUUAUAUAAGAAAGUACAUUUAAAUUUCCAUUCCUUAUUAGGUGCAUGUGAUGAAGUGGCCAUGCUGCUAUUUGUGGAUUGGAGAGUUGUAAAAAGACCACUCUCACUUUGAACUUACAGACUUGCAUUUUGGAUGAUCCUCUGGCUACUAAAAAGCUCUCGGAAUGUUGUUCUGGCAUAAACACAAUAUUGAGAAGUCCCUUGCGGAUCUCCCUAACUUCACUCCUUUCCCUGAUGAAUGGACAGUUGAAGAUAAAGUCCUAUUUGAGCAAGCAUUUAGCUUCCAUGGAAAGAGCUUUCACAGGAUCCAGCAAAUGCUCCCAGACAAGACCAUUGCAAGCCUUGUAAAAUAUUACUAUUCUUGGAAAAAAACUCGCUCUAGGACAAGUUUGAUGGAUCGUCAGGCUCGUAAACUAGCUAAUAGAAAUAAUCAAGGUGACAGUGAUGAUGACGUAGAAGAAGCUCAUCCAAUGGAUGGAAAUGAUAGUGAUUAUGAUCCCAAAAAAGAAGCCAAAAAGGAGGUAACAGAUAACUUAAUGGGCAAUAAUGAGCAGCCUGUUCAGACCAGCAAAAUAGGUCUGGGUAGAAGAGAGUAUCAGAGCUUGCAGCAUCGCCACCAUUCCCAGCGUUCCAAAUGCCGUCCACCAAAAGGCAUGUACCUGACCCAGGAAGAUGUGAUAGCUGUUUCCUGUAGUCCCAAUGCAGCCAACACAAUUCUUAGACAGCUGGAUAUGGAACUAAUCUCAUUAAAGCGACAGGUUCAAAAUGCUAAGCAAGUAAACAGUGCACUUAAACAGAAAAUGGAAGGCGGGAUUGAAGAAUUCAAACCUCCUGAGUCUAAUCAGAAAAUCAAUGCCCGUUGGACCACAGAAGAGCAGCUUCUUGCAGUACAAGGUGUCCGAAAAUAUGGUAAAGAUUUUCAAGCUAUUGCAGAUGUAAUUGGCAACAAGACUGUUGGCCAAGUGAAGAACUUCUUUGUAAACUACAGGCGUCGGUUUAACUUAGAGGAGGUAUUGCAGGAAUGGGAAGCGGAACAAGGAACCCUGGCUUCUAAUGGUGAUGCUUCUGCUUUAGGGGAGGACACAAAAAAUACUUCUAAUGUGCCAUCAGGAAAGAGCACUGAUGAAGAAGAUGAGGCACAAAGCACUCCGGCCACUCAGUGUUUAGGCCCUUCACCUCCAGCACACGCAUCUGCUCCAGCACCUGCCGCUCCCAUGGCAACUCUAAAUCAGCCGCCCCCGUUACUCCGUCCGGCGCUUCCCGCUGCUCCUGCCCUGCACCGGCAGCCCCCGCCGCUCCAGCAGCAGGCGCGCUUCAUCCAGCCGCGGCCGACCCUCAACCAGCCUCCCCCUCCGCUCAUCCGCCCAGCCAGCUCCAUGCCCCCGCGCCUCAACCCCCGGCCCGUGCUGACCGCGGGCAGCGGCCAGCAGCCGCCCUCGCUCAUCGGAAUUCAGACAGAACCUCAGUCCACUCUGCACUGAAGAAAUAAAAGCAGAAUUAUGCUAACUCCCACAUUUGAGCAAUUAUAUCGAUGUACUGUUUUGGUUUUUUUUUUCCCAAAUAAUGAAGGGGAGAAAAGAGCAAGCCUUCACAGGUAUCAGACCAGUUUUCCAGAGGAGCAAGCUAAGAACUAGAAACGGAACGACGUCAAUGACCACCUGUAUAAAAAUAUUUUUAUGCCGAAGACUUGUACAGCAGAACAAUGCCUACGCUGCAGCCCUCCUCUGUAUGAGUAACUGUUGAAGGAAGCUAACUUCUUACAUGAAUAAAUGUUCAACACACCAAGAUUUUGUUUUAACUGAUUUUUACUCUAUUUAUUUUAUUACAGUUCUUUAUAGUCAAGCAUCUAAUUACAGGAAAGUAGUCUGGCAAAUCUAGAAAUAGUUAAUAUUGUAGGAGACUUAAAUGUAGUGUUGGGUUUUUUUGUGUGUGUGAAUUUUUUAAUUUUUUUUUUUUUACCUUUUAGUGAAAGAAUAAUGGCUUUAGGUUCAGAAUGUUUGACCCUGUUUAGACAACAGUAGAAGCGUUUCACACGCUUGUAAAAUGUAGGUCUUCUCUUCAUGUUUUCCCAGAACAUCUUAGCUUGUUUUAAAGGUACUGGCUUAUUAAAUACUCAUCUUUCAGAGUAUUCUGAAGACUUGGUGAGCUAUUGUACCAAAUUUAUCAAAUUUCUUGCGUGUUCUGCUCAUAGAAUUUAACUGGAAGCAGGAGUCCAGAUUCUUGCUGCAGGCAUGUCUUGUAGGCUGGGCAGGAUAGAGUGGCAGCAGCUUCCACCACCCAGGGGCAUGACAGGACAGCAACCAUUUAGCAAGAAUUAUUAAUUUAAUGUGUUAAUCCACUAAUUCUUUUCAUGUAAGUACAGUAGAAUUCCAUUCCUCUGAGAAUGACAGUCUGCAGUUCCUGUAUGUUAGAUCACUGAUACCUUGAGUAUUAAUGAGGGAAGUGUAGAGGCUGGUGGUGCUGGUUGGUAGAGUAUCACCUGCUGCCAACCCAGUCUUACUUUUAAGUGAUUAUCUCUUGACUCCUGCUAUAUUUCUGGCAAAGUUGAUUACUUGAGUUGAGGGUACUGGGGGAAGAACAAAUGUGUUUGUUUAUUUUAUUGACUCAGUAAAACAUACAUAUAGGUAUUCAUAUUGCUUCCAGAUUAUAGGAGUUUGAAAGAAACUAAUUUCACUGCAUUCUCAUUUGAAACCUUGAUUGGGUUUGGUUUGGUUUUUUUUUUUUAAUAAAAGCAGAUGCCUCUAACCUCCAAGUAAACCAGGCUCCAAAUAUGAGUAGCACUGUUUGAAACUGUGUGAUCUGAAUUAAGCUAUUGAAAAAUAAUGCAUUCUUGAUUAUGUAAUAAUAUUCAUGUUGACUGUCAUACUAUUUUGAAAGGGUUUUUUUUUUGCUUAUAGCUGAAAUGGUGUCUAAAAGUCUUUUUAACUCCAUUUUGUUUUUAACUAGAUUUGCCCUUGACUAAAAUGAGACUUUUUAUGCAAAUGGGAUAUGCUCUCCCUAGGUUUUUUUUCACAGAUAAAUUAGGUGGUCUAAUGAUCAGUUUAAGCAGGUACAUAAGGUCUUUUUUUAAUGUGCAAAGGGAAGUUCUUGUACUAUCAGAUUCUAUUUCAUUUGAAAAUGUAGUAUUAAAGUUUGAUAGUUGUAACCUGAAUUUCAGUUGAAGUGUUGACCUUUAUGUUUUAGUUCUUCAUUUUAAAAUAUUCUCAGAUCAAACUUGGGAGGUUUUUCUUUCUCAAGAGCUUUCACUGCUGCGCUGAGGUGUUGUACAAAAGAUCUUUCUUACAAAUUUUCUUUUGCAUCAGAGUAGGUGCUUGGCCACUAUGUGAGCAUCAGAUGACCCCCUGUCUAAGUAAAACAGAAUUUUAAAACAAGCACCAAGGAAUUAGCAGUCGUGGAAACUUGUGUUCUGGGAGUCAUGAGCCUUUAGUGUGCCCUCACCAGCUGCACACAAAUCUGGCUGCUCUGGUCUUUAAAACCAAUACAAAACCAGAUGGUACAUUUUUAUAGUUUAAUUGUUAACAGUGGUAAGAUUCAUCUUCAGGAUUUUUUUCCUUCUUUUUUUUCUUUUUUUUUUUUUUUUUUUUUUUUGACUUUUAAGCAUUGAGUCUCCCAGGUGUGUGUAUUGUACAUCUGCUAAUUUUUGUCUUGUCUCUUGUUGAUAGACUUCAGUAUGCAGAAUGUUGGGUGUUACAGUACAGUUGGCCACCACCAACUGCUAUGAAACUGUUCAGUACAUUGUAAUUCCGUUUAAUCUUGUUUAAAUAUUCUCUAACUGGGCAAAGGUGCUGUAUUUGAAGGGGGGAGGGAGGGUCAGAGAUAGGUAGGGUAGUAUUUCUUAAUUUACCUACACUGUAGCACACAGUAGGGAACUCCUAGCAUUUGUAGUACUAAAUAAGUAUGUACAUAGCAAAAUGUCUUUAUUGUGUGCUUUGCAGAAUAUGUGCAUACAGUUUGCACGUCCUGUUUUGGGGGUAGGGUUUGUUUUAAGCAGUGUUUGCCUGGAGAGUGAUAUGCUUGCUGCUUAAUCAAAGGAUUAAAGUUUCAAAGAAAUCUGUGUCUUCUAUUUUUAUGUACCUUGUAAUGGUCUAAUAUGUUAGGGCCCUUAUACUGUGAUUCUCUUCUAAAUUCAUUUAUAUUUUUUUAAGAAUUAGAAAUAAAAUUAUAAAUGGUGUUGAUUUCAGUGGGAAAUUUCUUUUGCCAUAUCUAGUCUCCUGUUUUGUAAUGUAGUAAUGAACUCUGACUUCAAGGUUGGCUUAAUUUUGUCACUUUAAAAAAUGUACAAUGUUUGCACACUAACGUUUGGCAGAGAACAUGUAUCCUACAAUGUUCAAAGCUAAUGUAACUCUACAGCUUUUUGUACAGUUUAUUUUAGUUAAUAAAGCAAAAUGGUACUAAGAAAUUGCAUUUUACAAAUGCAAGGCAUAAUCGGAACAACAUGUAUUCAAGAAACAACACUUGCAAAAUAUGGAUGUACAAGAACUAUCAGAUUUAAUUGUUGCACUUUAAAUCAGAAUGGGUACAAAGUUGAGCAGGUAUUUCUGCAUUUAAUAAAACAAUCACUAAACAUUGCA